AUGUUCUAUCACACAAAUGGCAUCAUGGUUAUACUAAAGGUAAGCUAGAUUUUUAAGAUCCUGAAAAAGUUUUUAGUAUAUAAUAGUUUAAAAUCUAUAAUAAUAUUUCUUCAAUCUCAUUCCAGGCCAAAGCCCGUGCAGUGAUCCGAGAAGUCCACCGUGAAGAUGUGAUAGUAUUCAGUGACUGCAUUCACAACAAGACUUCACCUCUACAGUAUUCAAAAUGCCUUGUUAGUUUGAUAAAUGCGAGAGAUAGGAUAAAGAUGGAAAACAAUGACAUUUGGGCAUCCAACUUUAUAGACGAUGUAUCUGAGAUUCUACAGCCUCUACAACAAUCAUUGAAAACUAAAAUCAAGCCAUUGAGAAGGGUUGUCAAUGUUGGUAGUGCCAACUCUACAAAGGCUUAUGGUAGUGGAAGGAGCAGUUAUGGUAGAGAACAAAGUUACGGUAGAGAAGCCAAAAGUUAUGGUAAUAGAAGCUACGGUAGAGAACCGAAGGGCUAUGUUGAUGAAGGUGGAAGUUACAAAAAGGAAUCAGUAAGCUACAGCGAUGAAAAUAGAAGUUACAGUAGCCAACAGAGAGCUUACGGAACUCAGCCUAAAACUUACGGUAGUAUUCCAAAGACAUACAGUAAAGAAAACAGAGAGUACGGUAGAGAACCCAAACUGUACAGUGGAAUUGCAAAAAGCUACAGUAAUGUAGUGAAAACGCAUGGUACUGUAAUACAACCAAUAGAUGACACAAAGGUUAAGAAUGAAGGUGACAGUACAAAAAGCUACCCUACUGUACCUAAAGUUCUGAAGAGAGAAAAAGUAAUGGAGAGAUUGAAGAAACAACAAGAUAUCUUAAGGAAGACGUUGAAGGAGCAGAAUCUGGUAUUCAGUAGACCGUUACGUGGCUACAAUACCAACUUUUAUGUACGACAAAGUCGGAGGAACAAGAGGGGUGGUAAGUGAAUAAUAUAGGUACUUAACGAGUUAAAAGUUCUGAACAAUUUGGGUUUUAAACAUUGUAUAAGACAUUAUUUUAGCUACUCCAUUCAAGCACAUAGAGAAAAUUCAGAAAAUAAGAGAUUUCAUGAAUAAAAUGGAUUACUGUAACAACUUUUUCGACAAAUUAAAGAUGGAAAACGAAGAGUAAGUGUAGAUAGCAGUUUUCGUUUCAUACAGCAUUAUAUGGCUGUAUAAAAAGAUAUAUGUGCUAAAUUAUAUUUUAUUUUCAGAAUGUUAUACUCGUUUGGUCAAGAAGCGCGGUUUCAAAUAAAAACGGACAAUUUGGUUGACGAAAUGACUGAAGGUUUACAAAAAAUAAUUCAGAAUGUACGAUUCGACAAAGUUUCUGUGUUAUCACCUAAAAUUAUGUCAAUAUUUCCAUCGACAAGUAAUGGCAUCGAGUUAUUUUCACCAGACAUACUCAAUUUCCAAAACACUGGUAUAUUAUCAUUGCCUCAACUUUUUAAGGUAAGGGAUGGUCACUAUGGCGUUAAAAAUUAUCAUUGUUGGUGUUUUCAAGUACUAUCCGACAAACUUGGCUUAAAACAAGUAAUAUAGGUAACAAAUGCCAAUUUUAUAUGAUAUCUUUUCAGUUCAUCUCUUCAAGUGACACAGAGACCUUACUAUGGCUAGAACUAUUGAUGGAGAUGACUGGAGCUUCUCAAAAGCUAGACUCAUUUUUAAAAACGUACGAGAAUGAUAUGAUCAAGAUGGACAAUCACAUCUACCCUAUGGUAGUUGAACUGGAGAGAAGACAAGAAAUGUUAUACGAGAUUGUUCUUGACUUUACUGAGGAUCAGAAAAGGCAGUAUAAGGAGAAUGGGUACACUUACAUUAGCAAACAACAAUCUGUUAAUUACUUUGGUAAUGAUCAUGGUACGUUUAUGUCAUUUUAUGUAAUCUUUGCUUGGUUUUUACUUGAAAAAUCUAUUUUUUUAUGUUUUAUGUACUGUAUCUUCUUAAAACGUAUAGCUUAUCAUCAGAACUUUUAAAUUUUACAUAUACCACUUUACUUACAACACUAAAUUUUACUGUAUUAUACGUUCAGCUGCCAUAUACGAUGUAGAUGAUGAAAACAAACGCGAAAGACUAAUAGAAGACCGAAUAAAAAAGAUCAGCCGGCACCUCGAUAAUCUGGAGCCGGCUUUAAAGCUCGACCAAACCGAGAGCAAACUACGAGCGAAGCGACAAGAACGACCCGGAGGGCCUCCAGAGUUGGACAUCAAAAUCUUCCAGCCAUAUGCUUUCAUAGCACAUGCUGCUGGACCAUCCGUACUCGAAGGACUCAUACUCAGUCCACAUGCCUUCAUUUCUGAACUUAUGCGACCUGAGUUGGCUACGGUAAGUUAUUCUAGAGUUUUUUAAAAUUUUUUGUAUUUUUUGGUAACUUUUUGUGAAUAGGGUAUGUUAACAUGGUAGAAAAAGAGAACUUUUCAAAAGUGAUAGUAUGUUUUGCCAAAGCUAUCACCUAGCUUAUUUUAGAUGGAUAUAAUAUCACCUCGGGCCUUUGUAACAACAAUUCUCAGCCCUCAAGCCCUACUAGCUCGGGUCCUCAGUCCAGCAGCUUUCCGUCUAGAACUGUUAAGUCCAACAGCUCUAUUAGCAUGGGUAGUAUCUCCAGAAGCCUUCAUUGCAGACGUCUUAUCACCACGAGUACUGGAACCUCGAAUAGCAUCACCAGAGUUUAUGACAGUGCAAAUACUGUCACCUGGUAUCUUAUCACCAAUGGUCGGAUCUGACGAAACAUUGGCUUUCAAUGUUUUGAGUCCAAAUAUCUUGUCACCGCGAUUUCAGAGCAAAGAAGCGAUGGUCGUGGAAAUAUUGUCACCUCACGUGCUUGGGGGUGGUCAUGCUUUCCCUCCGGGGCAUGUGCAGCCUUAG